UACAAGUUCACAAAAGCCACAAUUAGUCGAUCCAUUAUUGCCUUGAAGCAGUACACCCCCUCGUUGCAUAUUAUGUCGCGCUUGCUGCUGCGUUCCUUGCGUUCGUCACCAGCGGUGGCUGCCUUUGCGGUCGCCAGCAGCUUCUCCGCUAUGUCCUGUCCCCCUCCCACGCGUCUGGAGGCCGCCCAAUUCGACAAACCGACAUUCACGGAGCGUACCGUGGGCAACUACGAAAACCGCUUGCGUAAAUUCAGUUCCCCCGAGCGUGUAUUCGAGUAUUUCUCAAGCGUGGAGAUCGAGAAAGAAUAUUUCAUGACAAGAGACGAUCUAGCUCGAGCUGUGACGCCCUACACUUACCGUCACGGGGCCCCCAUCGCCUCCAAGAAUCCGAAAUUCAACGCCAAAGCGAGUGCCGAUAAGAUCCCCAAAGAUAUGGCCGACGAGUAUCUGCGACGUGUGCAGAAGCUCCUAAUUGACAAUGCCAAUGUGUCCAAGAAAGAGGUCGAAGAGUUGCUGGCAUUCAAGGACGAGCACGUGGACUUUGAGACACACAUCAAGACGCUCAAGGCUUUACAGGUCACCAACGCAGAGUUCGACCAGUUCGUGGUCAUGCACGGAGGACCGCAACGUCCCAAAACUUUUUUCGACAUGGUGGACGCGGACGGCGAUGGACUCAUCAAUUACGCAGAGUAUAUGUUCUUCAGAACGCUACUAGCGAGUAAGUUAUUCUACUAUUUAUUACUUCCGAAGUAUUUUUUUAUAUAUAUAUUUUUUACAAUUUGUGUAGUUCCGGAGCGGCAGUUUGAGUUGGCGUUCAAGAUGUUCGACACUGACGACAACGGCAAACUGGACCACCGGGAAUUCAAGCAGAUCAUGGAGUUGAUGCGGCUGCGCACGCCUGCGGGUCGUCAGGAUCGUUCAAUGCACGACGACGAUGUACCCAUCUUCAAGCACUUGUUCGGCGAGUUGGCCACCAAGUCCUUGUCUUACGACGAGUUCUGCACAUUCCGUCGCGAGCUGAUGCAGGAGAUCAUGCGCAUUCAGAUAUCCUUCACACCUACAUUUUGUUUGCUAUUUGAGGUUUUUUUUUGUACUUAUUCGAAGUUCUCCUUGACGACGGAUCACUUCGAGCAGUAUGAUGUUGAUGGCGACAGGACUCUCUCACCUCGUGAAUUCGGAAUGUUCCUGGUCUCACACGUUGACCAGCGUCAUAUCGAACAGUGGGUCGAGCGCGUGGACAAACUGCAGCACCUAAGCGGACAUAUCACGGAACAAGAGUUCAUGGACUUCAACGUGUUCCUCGAACAUCUGGAUGAGCUGAAGGUGGCUAUGGAUCUUGUUAUGCAAGCCCACGGAGUGAACAAAGGUACUCCUGCUUUUACAAACAGGUGGUCAUCAUCUUAUUAUUCAUAUCAUUUGCAGAGCAAUUCCACCGAGCUACGAGAGCAGCAGUGCGCGCAAGCAAGAACACGAAACCAGUUACUCCUCUGCAGAUUGACAUUCUGUUUGCGCUGUUCGACCUCGACGGGGAUGGACAUUUGUCCACGAAGGAGUUUAUCGAGGUCAUGCAGACGCGCAAAGACAGCGGGUUCACUGAGCCCCGUGACACAGGUGCUUUUAACUUCAUCCGACGCAUCAAGGAGUGCCUCGAGUGCAUUUUGUAAGAAUUCAGUCGUGACGGCACCAUUUCGUCGCAUUGGUACGCCGAAAUGUGCCACAUAUCGUGUGUGUUUUAGCCAAAAUACAUGAACUUGGCUUAUGUUGAUGUCCCGGAGUAUGGCCCGAACAAGACCUGGGCGUUCGCAGCCGCCGUAUCUUCCUCUUGCUUCUUACUUUUGUCGUUUUUCUUGCCAUCCGUAGACGAAGAUGCCGGAGUCCAU